CUUCCCUCCGGUGCUCAACCUCUUUUUGGUUCAGUGUGUUUGCUCGAAACUGGGAAAGACGCCCAGUCUUCGCCUGCAGGUUCAGCUGCACCUGGGACAGGUCAACGGCUGCUAUGUGGUAAAAAGAAAGAAAGAAAAGAUAUAAGUAGUUAAUGAAAACCAGCUCGGGGGAGACACUGGCCAGACUUUGUGCCGUUUUCAUUUCGCUGCUGUCCGACUUCACAAAGACCUCGCUGUUCUAGCUUGCGACACGUUUGCUUCUGCUUCCGGAAAACAACCUUCACACAGAGAAGCAACAUGAAGAUGUGGAGAUAACAUUUUCGACUCUGGAUAAACUGCUUCACUGCUGGAGUGGAUUUGGCUGUGGGAAUGCAAACGUAGACUUAUGAAAUAUACUAAAAGAGUUUGUGAGGAGAUAAGAGCGCGCUGAUCCUUUCCAGACACAGAAAACUGGACUGAGCUCUCUCAGAUAAUGGCUACAACAGAAACCAAAGUUAGCGGCAGCAGCACUGUGGGCCUGUCGUGGGCACGCGUCUGUAAGGAGUGCGGCCAGCAGCACGACAGCCAGGACUCCCACUUGUACGAGUACCAGGAUGAGGUGGACGAUGAACUGGUUUGCCACAUUUGUCUGCAGCCUUUACUGAAGCCAAUGGACACACCGUGCGGCCACACUUACUGCUUUCAUUGUUUGAGCAGCUUUUUGAAGGAGCAGGACUUCUGCCCUGUGGACCGCCAGCGGCUGCAGUUACAUCAGUGCCGUCCCUCCAGCCUGCUGGUCAGGAACCUGCUGGACAAGUUGACGGUUAUGUGCCCACACUGUGCGGAGUGCCAGCAGACGAUGCAGCGCUGUGAAUUGCAGCCUCACCUGCACAACAGAUGUCCUGUUUUUAGAAGACUCAGAGAGGAAGCAGAGAAGAGGAAGAGGCCCUCAUGGAAUGAAUUAAAGGGACGUAAGGGUGACGGAGAAGGGUCUGGAGAUGCGAAACACUCAGCAACACUGUCUCGAAAUUCAACCCGGGAUCAGCCCGAGCCUGGGCUCAUUAAUCCUGCCUAUGAGGAAGGUGAGGAAGACAACAACUCCCUGCGGUCCAGUUUGGUGGCCGAGGCCACUGUCGUGGAGCUGAUCAGAGAUGAACCCGGAGAGGAGCUGGGCCUUCGGAUCGUGGGGGGGAAAGACACACCGCUGGGAAAUAUAGUCAUACAAGAAAUUGUGCGGGACUCAAUAGCAGCUAGGGAUGGCAGGCUGGCACCAGGAGACCAUAUUUUAGAGGUGAAUGACAUCAGCUUGGCUUCAGUUCCCCACACUCGGGCCAUCGCAGUGCUGCAGCUGCCCUCCCUCCUCAGGCUCACCGUCAUGCAGGAGAAAGGUUUCAAAUUAAGGGAUCAACGCUCAGACCAAAACCAACCCACUUCCACCGGCUCCCCGGGCUCUCACAGUCCCCAUAGCAACGCUACCUCCAGUAACAACCCUGGUACAGUCCUGCAGGUGACGCUAGUGAAGAGCCAGCGCACAGAGCCGCUCGGCAUUAAACUCAUCCGCAAAUCAGAUGAGAGUGGGGUUUUUAUCUUGGACCUGCUGGCUGGUGGUUUGGCAGCUAAGGAUGGAAAACUGAGGAACAAUGACAAAGUUUUGGCCAUCAAUGGACACGACCUGAGGCAUGGGACACCUGAAAGUGCAGCCCAGAUUAUACAGGCCAGUGAGAUGCGUGUGAACUUUGUGGUGAUGAGAUCUGCGGAGGCUCAAGAGGAAGGAGGAAGCAGCAGAACAUCCAGGAGGACGCCUGAGCCGCAGUACUUUAGGCGCCGGUCCACCUACAUGAAGAGGAUCAAAGCUGGUGAUGUUCUGCUGAGCAUCAACGGUGUUGAUUUGACUCAGCUGACCUACAAUGAGGCCGUUUCUGUGCUGAAGGCUCAGACAGCUCAGUCCCAGGUGGUGCUUCGUGUCAUUCAGACUCUGUCUGAGGAGUCAGAGGAGGACACCGAGGCUAACGAUGACGAACUCGACAUUGCAGAAGACUCACGGGAUGACACCCUCAACUGGACCCCGCUGUGGACUCGCUGGCUGGGAUUACCAAGUCACAUGCACUGGUGCCGGGACAUCGUCCUGCAGAAGACCAACAACGAGAGCUGGGGCUUCAGCAUCGUUGGGGGUUAUGAGGAGAGCCACGGGCAGCAGCCGUUCUUCAUCAAAACCAUUGUGCCUGGAACACCGGCUCACUUUGAUGGACGCCUCAAGUGUGGUGAUGAGAUAGUGGCGGUGAACGGAGCUACAACUGUGGGAAUGAACAACUCCUCUCUCAUCCCAAUGCUCAAACUACAGAAGAAUAAAGUCACGCUGACUGUGGUGUCCUGGCCGGGAAGUCUAGUAUAGCAAACCUCACGUGCUCAUUCUGUGAUCUCCUUUCUUUCUUUACUGGGAAUCUCACUGUCCCUUCCACAUGUAGCCCGUUGAGAUUUUUGAGGUCAUGUCAUACACGAAGAUGCGUGUUCUUCAAAACCAUCCCAUGUACAAUAGAUGAUUUUCCAUAGGUGGACUGUUUUUUGCGAUAUUGUCAUGUAACAAUGAUGACAAUCCAUGAAUUUUGUGCUAAAGACAAACUGGAAGGAUUCGGUUUUUUUGGAGUGUCUUUCUGAUCCCAUUUUAAAGUUGUAUGUAUAUUUUUAGCUUAUCUGCCUAAUGUUUUAUUUGGUAGUGAUUACAUCUUAGACUGUGUAUAAAAAUGUAGCUUUAGGGUCUGCAAAGUGAAACUAAUGCAGAAGUGCCUUCUUUCUAAUGACCUGCAGGGGACGACUUCGUUGGUUGCAAAAAGACAUCCCGUUGUACAGAAGUCUAUGGGAAGAUGCCCCCUUUUCUAUAACCUCAAUAAACAUUUUCCUUAUGAGUUUAUGAUCUCCGUUGCUAGUUUUAUGCCUUAAUGAAUAUAGCAUAUAGUUCAUCUUGUAAAUUAUCUUCUUAUUUGGAGUGAAACAGGACGAUAAAGCAGGGAACGCUUUAGAGCAGACCGGCCUUGUGACUGACAAGUGACUGAAUGUGGAGUGUCCUGUGGAUUUUCAGUCGGAUCCUCACCUCACUCGUCACAUCCAGUUAUAAAAACCCAAUAUGGUGACCGCUAUCCCCCUCAGCUCGAGUCUGCACAACGGGACUACGACACAACGGCUGCAUCUAUCCUUUGUAUACAGCCUGUGGAUGGUAUUAGAUGUUAAGUGAUAAUGAACAUAUGUACAUAGUUGAAUUUCGUUAUUGUUAACAAUAUGCUGACACCAAAUAUUUCAGGAAAGUGAAGUCUUAAGUUGAUUUAAAUUGACAUUUUUAAUUUAAAAUUAGCAUCUACAUGGAGAAUAUCA